UAUAACCUGAAUGGUCAUCAAUCAGGCGUCAAGUCCAUUUGACAAAAGUAAAAAAAAGGCAUUCAGCUACUUUGUGCUUUUUGUCCCGAAUGGCUCGCCGUACUUCUGCCGUACAUCAACAGGAACUGUCGCAACCGCGCAAUAGCAGAGGUCACAACACACGAUUGAGUAUGGGAGGUGACCACGGUCACAGCAAGAUGUCCAUGCCGGACUGGCGACAGUGGAAGGUGCAAGGCACGCCAUUGGAGUUCACGCAGCAGAGGUUGGCAGCCAGGGGCAUUAAGGACCCAUGGGCACGCAAUGAGGCGUGGAGGUACUCUGGUGGCUUUGCCCGUGCCGUGACUCUGUCCGACGUGUUGCUGAAAGGAUUCAAGUGGGGAUUUGCCGCCUUUACCGUCGCUCUUGCUGUGGAGUACGCCCUGUUCCCACCCAAGAAGGGCGGCCACCACUAAUCUCCAGAUAAAACCUCCUUUGAUUCUUAAUAUGUUAUUAAAUUCCCUUUUCAUCAUCA